UUUUAUUUCUAUUUUUGAAAAGGUUUACUGAGGCUUACUCAAGUGAAUUAAGAGAGCCGUGGAAUGUUAAAAGGACUUUAGUAAUUAUGUAGUUCAGUUUGUGCAUUUUACAGAGGAGAGAUCUGAAGGCCAGUAAGAAUGACCACAAAAUACACAACCAGGAGAAGAAAUCGCUGAAGACUUACUAUGUUACUACUGGAGAAGUACAGAGAAUGUUGGGUGGUCUAAGAAUACAGGAAUGUCUUCCACUUAACACCACAUAAACCACUGGUCUAGACAGUGCCUAGUGACACUUGGUACAUUGUUCCCACCCCCUCUGGGUUCCCUCCUCCAGCACAAGGAUGAGAAGGCUAAAAACUAUAUUCCUAAGACUUCCUUGCAGUUAGGGUUUGGAUGCGAUUUGGGUUUUUCCAAGGAGAUAGAUACCUGGGCUUGGAAGGCAAAGGGAAGCAGAGGCUGAGUUUCUGUGACUGUGUUGAUCUAUAAUCAUUUUCCAACAGGUGUGUUUACAUCAGCCCAACUCUACAUCCCACUCCCUGCAGGUGUCGGGGUAGCAACAGCAGUUCCCGUCUCCAUCGGACGGUAGCUCCAGAGGCGUGAUCUUACAAGGCUGGGGGCAGGUGCACCCUGGUUUUUGCUCCUGGAGUCCUUCCAUCUGUGGCAUGAACCUAAUUCCUGUACUAAGUCCCUUUCUUUGUGAAAUAGAAUGGUUACUGCUGUCUGCACUAAAUCAAGAGUGAUAUGCAUGUAAAUCACAGCAUUAAAUUUCAAAGUUGGAAGGACCUUCUUUGAGGCAUCAAGUCUAUAAUCCAUCAACAGGUUCCCAAACAUCUAUUUCCUAAAUCUCUCUUAUGUCUCUCUAUUCUCCAUUCCCCUGACCCUGCUCUACUCUAGACCCUCAGCGUCUCUGUCCUAGACUAUUGAAAUUACCUCCUGGCACCCCUGAUUCUAACCACUAUCCAUAUGAAUCUAGCUGUCUGGCUUGACGUCUGUUCUGCUUAGCUUCCAUAUGGAUCUGACCUUUUCUGAUCUUGUCACUUCCUUGCUCAGAAUUCUUGAAUGGAACACGAUAACCUAGAAGAUGGUAUCCAACCCACUGAGGGCGGCACUUCAAAAUCCUGCAGAAUCUGGGCUCUGCAUGUCCCAUUUACCUUCUGCUAUCCCCUAUGACUCCAGCAACACAGAACUAAUUGUAGCUGGAUCUAUCAAGUUCUUGUACUUUGCUGUGAAUUUGCACCUAGUUUUCUCUCUGCCUGUCGUGUGUUCCUUGCUCCUUGACUACCUGGCAGGCCUCUAUUCUUCCUUCAAAACUCAGUGCUCUUCUCACUUCCUCUUGAAGCCUCUCGUAGUCUUCUCUUAGGAGGAUUCAUGCUUCCACCUGAGGGCUGGCACUCAGUAAAUCAAACCUCCAUUGCGACAUCAAUCAUCUGUCACCAUUAGACCAUCUGCUUCUGGAUGGACAGCACUGGGACUUUUCGUCUUUGCAUCCCCAAGAGACUACUAUAACACAUAACGUGGCAAGUACUCAGAAAAAGGGAGGGAGGGAGGGAGAGAGGGGGGAAAGGCAGAAGGAAAGGUGGGAAGCAGUGGCAGGGACCCAGAGACAAGACUCGGUGUCUCUACGGUUCUGUCCUCUGAGUUCACUAGUUUUACAAACUCAACAUCUCCAAGUGUUAACUUGGAGUAACUCAGCUCCUCACAUCAUGCCCUCCUACAUUUUCAGAAAAUUGAGGGUUCUUUUCACAAUUAGCCUAACAAACAGUCCAGGUGCACAGCCUCUGUUUAUAUACUCUGUAGUUCCAAAGCAAAAAUUAAUAAAAGAGCCAUUGUUCCUUUAAUCUCCCAGAGUUUCACCUUACAGCUUCGGUGAACAGUAUCAGUUACUUCUAUUUUUUGGAACCAGAACCAGGGACCUCAUUCUUGCCCUCCCCUGUCCCUUUCUUCCUCUGCUCCCCAUCACCUCCCCUGGUCUGCUAGCCCUGCCACACUCAGUCCUUCUCUUCCAGGUUUUACCAGGACUCUACGCCAUGAGAUAUACAAGGAAAAGGGAAUUUUUACUUUAAGACUAAUAACUCCUCCCCCUUCCUCAAUUUUUACAUCAAAAGACAUUGUUCAACAUCAUCUUCUUCUACAUUGAAAGAACUACUGUUUCUCUGGGGGAAAGGAAGGCAGCUCAACAAGACUAAGACCUCGUAGAGCCAAGCAUUCAAAGUGAGUGCAAACCUUGACUGGUUCUUCCUACUGAAAAACCCCACGUGUUCAGGGACACUCUUCUAAAGAAGCUCUCUCCAGGCCCUCCUUCCUGGCAACCAUGGGGAAGAGAGUGGCCAUUGUCGGAGCUGGUGUCAGUGGCUUAGCCUCCAUCCGGUGCUGCCUGGAAGAGGGGCUGGAGCCCACCUGCUUUGAGAGAAGCAAUGACGUUGGAGGCCUGUGGAAAUUCUCGAACCGCGCCGAGGAAGGCAGAGCCAGCAUUUACCAGUCCGUCUUCACCAACUCUUCCAAAGAGAUGAUGUGCUUCCCAGACUUCCCGUAUCCUGACGACUUCCCCAACUAUAUGCACCACAGCAAGCUCCAGGAAUACAUAAGGACAUUUGCUCAAAAGAAGAACCUUUUAAGAUACAUACAGUUUGAGACCCUGGUUUCUAGCAUAAAGAAAUGCCCAAACUUCUUAGUCACCGGACAAUGGGAAGUUGUUUCGGAAAAGGAUGGGAAACAGGAAUCUGCUAUUUUUGAUGCUGUAAUGAUUUGUUCAGGACAUCAUGUGUACCCCAACCUACCAACUGAUUCUUUUCCUGGCCUACCCCGGUUUCAAGGCCACUACCUCCACAGCAGGGACUACAAGGACCCAGAAGCCUUCAAGGGGAAGAGGGUCCUGGUGAUCGGCCUGGGGAACUCUGGAUCUGACAUUGCCGUAGAGCUCAGUCGUCGGGCUGCACAGGUCAUUAUCAGCAGCAGAAGUGGUUCUUGGGUCAUGAGCCGGGUUUGGGACGAUGGCUAUCCCUGGGACAUGGUGUACGUGACCCGUUUUGCAACCUUCCUCCGGAAUGCCCUUCCUUCAUUUGUCUCCGACUGGUUAUAUGUCAAGAAGAUGAACACAUGGUUUAAGCAUGAGAACUACGGCCUGAUGCCUUUAAAUGGUCCCCUGAGGAAAGAGCCUGUGUUCAAUGACGAGCUCCCCUCCCGCAUCCUGUGUGGUACUGUCUCCGUCAAGCCCAGCGUGAAGGAGUUUACAGAGACCUCGGCUGUGUUUGAGGACGGGACCGUGUUUGAGGCCAUCGACUACAUCAUCUUCGCAACAGGCUAUGAUUACGCCUACCCCUUCCUUGAUGACUCCAUCAUCAAAAGCAGAAACAAUGAGGUCACCUUGUUUAAAGGCAUCUUCCCCCCCAAAAUGGAGAGGCCUACCUUGGCUGUGAUUGGCCUUGUCCAGUCCCUUGGGGCUGCCAUCCCCACAGCUGACCUGCAGGCUCGCUGGGCAGCUAAAGUGUUUGCAAAAUCAUGUACCUUGCCAACUACAAGUGAAAUGAUGGAUGACAUUGAUGAGAAAAUGGGGAAAAAACUCAAGUGGUUCGGCCAGAGCCAGACUCUGCAGACGGAUUACAUCACGUACAUGGACGAGCUGGGCUCCUUCAUCGGGGCCAAGCCCAACAUACCGUGGCUCUUCCUGACUGACCCCCAGCUGGCCCUGGAGGUGUUCUUUGGUCCUUGUAGCCCAUACCAGUUUCGACUGAUGGGACCGGGGAAGUGGGAUGGGGCCAGAAAUGCCAUCCUGACCCAGUGGGACAGGACAGUAAAGCCAACCAGGACAAGAGCUGUCCGUGAAGCUCAGAGACCCCAACACUUUCACAAUUUGCUCAAAAUGCUUUCAUUCCCAGUGCUUUUGAUGGCUUUUUGGCUCACAUUUUAUUAAUGAGAAAGCGCUUUACGUCUCAGAGUUUAGCCUCGAAGUUUUAUCACAGAUAUCUAUGUAGUUUAAUUCCAGAUAUAGACACAUGUGCGUACGUAAAAUCUCAUAGCUACGUCUUCCCCUCCUGCAGAUAUAAAAAUGAAUUCUGGCCCAUUUAACUGAGACUUUUAUUGAAAGUCUCAAUAAAAUGGAAGAUGCUCAGCCUCUCCCUUUCUGGUGAGACUCUAUACUCUAGAAAGGGUUUUCACGCGACGCACUGGCAAGUUUGGAGAUGCCUGAGGUAACGAAGAAGGAAGGUGAAGGGGAGUGAGCACGGAUGAGAAAGAUGAACAAACCUCAGUAAAUUAUUUAAGGGUGUUUUAUCAUGAAUCAUGAUUUCCAUUUUAUCCUGAAUUCAGUCAGAAAUGACAUCACAACAAUAAUGAAUCUUCCAACCCAUGACGCAGUGUAUCUCUUCACCUACUUAGAUCUUCUUUAAUUGCUCUCAGCAGUGUUUGUAGUUUUCUGUGUAUAGUUCUUACCCAUCAUA